AUGGAUGGGGAUUUUUCACUGGGGGGUGUGAUCUACUGCAUCGAAAAAGAACUGAAAUCAGGGUCUUCUAUUUCCAGUUUCAUUCCCAGCGCUGUUACUGACACCCAGCGUACCCCCGGACAGCUCACUUGGGCUCAGCCGUUCACAGCCCCAUUUAUAUGUCUCUCUCCAAUCGAAGAGCCUUCGGCUGGAGACAGAGACGCUGAACACCUGCGGCCCCCACGCCUUCCCCGGCCUCCUGCGAGAGCUGCCAGGGCUCCCCGGGAAGCGCGCACGCCUGAUGGGAGGCUGGACGCGCUGCUCCCCGGUCCUCACCACGGGCAGCGAGCCACACGCUCGUCCCUGCCGAUCCGGACCUCGGCGGCCCCGCGCAAAAGGGGACCCGACACCUCCGGCAGCAGCGCGCCCCGGGGCGCCCGAUCCAUCUCCUCGGACGCAGCGGAGCCCCGCCCGGGCCCGCCGUGCUCCCGCGCCCGCUGGCGAGAAGCCACCAACGCGCCGCUGAGGCCCCCGCGGCUCCCACGGGGAGCUCAGCGCCGCCCGGCUGCCCUCGGGACAGGGAAGGCCGUGAGGCGACGCCGCCCAAGGCCUCCGCGGACCCGGCACGGCGAGCCCGCGCCCCCCGGGGCAGGGCAGGGCAGGGCAGCACCGCGCCCCGCCGGACCGUUAGGGCGGCCCCGCGAGGUCACGCCUCCUCUCACGACGCCCCCACCGCCCCCGGGACGGCCCCGGCCCCGCAGACGGACUCCCGCCCGCCCCUCUCCUGAGGGAUCGCAGCCUCUCCCGCCGCCGGGGGAUCCCCGCCCCCGCCCUGAGGCAGUCCCCGACCCCGCCGGCAGCGGCCCCGGCACCCACGGGCGGGGGGAGUCCCGGGGACGCGCUGCUUCGCCCCGCCCCACGGGAGCUGCUCGUGGCAAAGUCACCGACCCCCGGAGCCCGCCGGGCUCCAUCAAACGCCGCGGCCCCGCCCACCGACGUCAUGGAAACAAGCGCGUCAGCCUCCCGCCCGCCAGUGGCAGCAGUGGGGGGGCGGGGCGAGGCGCGGGGCCCCGCCCCCGCAGGCGCCGUGCCUAUCGCGGCCCCUCCUGCUCCUCCCCCAUUGAAGACGCCGCACGUCGGGACCCCCCUUCCCCGGCCGCGCGAGGAGCCCUGUCACGUGACCGGCGCUCCGCAGGCGGCGAGGGGGUCGGCGGGGACCGGCGGCUGCGGCGCCGGGAGGGGAGGGGGGCGGUGGGAGCGAACAACGGUUGCUCUGCGGCGCUGGGGCUCGGCGGCGCGCUUGGCGCUGCCCGGUGCCUGCGGGGGGAAGGAGGCGGGAGGGCCCCGGGGAGCGGCGGCGGUGGCGGCGGCGGUGGCGGCGGCGGGAGCGCCCGCCAGGAAGGCGAAUCGCUGGUUCCUGCCGGUGAGGCGACGGGGGCGGGGCAGGCGUCCGCGCCCCCCCUCCUUCCUCCUCCUCCCCCGGCGCUCCCCGCGCCGGUGCCCUCUCCUUCCCUCCCCAAUUCGGUCGCCGCUUUUCCCCCGCCCCCUCUCCCGUCCUCCUUCCUCCCUUCCCCCGCGGCCGCAGGGCGGGGGCGGCGCGGCAGGGCCGACGGGCCGUGGGUAGAGCGGGGAGUGCGGGGACCUUGUGCGCUUCGGCGAGCGAGCGGCGGCAGGUUCACGGGCGCCUCGUCCUGGCCUGCGGCUGGGCGGCGAGGUCGGCCCCGCGACGCCGAGGUAAGCACGGCGGCGGCGUCUCGGAGCGGAUCUCCUCCCGGCUGGGGUGAGCAGCGGCGCGGCGGCAGGUGCAGCAUUGCUCCGCUUCGCUCCCCCCGCGGGGCUGCGGGCCAUGGCUGGGCUCGCCCGGAGAGGCAGCGGGCGGCGCGGUUGGAGCAGCGGGGCGGCCGCAGCAGCGGAGAGGCUGGCGGGGCUGGGUGCCCCGCUCCCCGUUUUUCGCCGGUUUUCCCCGCAGGUAACCGGAGCGCGUACCUGGCCGCCGCCGUUCAGCCAGGGCGCGGCGUGACCUUGAGGGCAGUGGAUGCGGGGCUGAGGGUCGGCGGGAGUGCAGCCGCCGGGAGCGGCGCCGCCACACCGUCGCGGACCCCGCGGCCGGGCAGGGCCGGCACGCCGCGGCCCCGCAGCCCCCGGCGGGCGGGCGCGCACACGCCGCGGAUUAAGGUGGUGCUCAGCCCUCGCCGCCCGCCGGGUUAA